UCAUAUAUCCAUACAUAUCUCUCUCUCUCUCUCUCUCUCUCUCUCUCUCUCUCUCUUUUUAGUAUUUGACAAACGUAUGCAUUCGUCCAUAUUUAGUAUCCUCACUGAUUGGAUGAACUGAGUCCACCUGAAUACAGAAACAAUAAGGUAAACAGAUUGGGUUUUGAAAGAGUUGAAUCGAAUUCAUGGCUUUUGGGGGUUUUCAGGUAAGUGGGUUUUCUUUAAUUGAAUUUGGAAUUUAUAAUUUUAGUCUCCCCCAAAUUUCUUGAUGUAAAUUGGCUCCAGAUUUUGAGCUAAGUAUUUGAGUAGUUUCCUCUGUAUCUGAAAUCAAAUUUGAAAAUAAACAAUCGAACCUAAUUGUUCUCAAAUUAAGUGUCGUUUUUGACCAAUAGUUUAGUGAAGUAAUCGAUUUUUGCUAACUUCCUUAUUAUUUGAUGCUAAUCAUUUUAGACAAAUAGGGUUUGUUCUCUGAUCGCCUUAGCCCUCCACUUCCAGUUAAGAGUUCGAAUGUCAAAGGUCAAAGAUUGGUCUCUUUUAGAUGCAAUAAAGUCAAAUCUUGAGAAUUCAUGUUGAUUGUAUUGUUUCCCUACUAAAAUACUAAUGAUUUGUUCAAUUUUAUGGAAUAAUCGACUAAUUUUUUUAUGUCAGCGGCGUUUUGAUUUACUCGUAUCUAUGUUCCCUUAAUAUGUUUUAACUUUUUCAAGUCAAACGAGAUAUUUUCUAGUUUACAUUUGAAAAUUUUUUCAAAGAAAAAUGAUCAUUUCGUUAGUACUUAGUUAAAAAAUAGAAAGUCUUAAUGUUUAUCAAUGUCCAAUUGACCCUAUCAAGCGAAUUUAACAUCUUUGUAGUGGAAUGAAAGAUACAUCAUCAUGAAAAAGACUCGAAUAACUUAACCUUGCAUUGUUUAUGAUAUAUUUUUGUUUUUUGGGAUUUGGAAUCAAAAGUAGGGUAAUGGAGAAUAUGAAUGAAGAGAUUGAUUUGGGGCUUUCUCUUGGUGCUACAAACCAACAACGUGUGGAGUCUUGUAGUGAUUCAGGUGCAGGUGUAAAUGCAGAUUUAGGGUCAAGAAUAGACACUACAAAUACAAAUACAAAGCCAUUUGUGAGACCUCAUCCUUUGACUGAGUUGGUUUGGUCAACUCAAAAUGGUCUAACCAUCAAGUAUACUGGCUGCAGCCCCUGUUUUGCUCACACAAAAGAUGAUGAACGUGUCAUCGAUGCCUCUUUUUUCAGAUCAACUCUUCCUCUUGCUCACACAGGUCGACAAAACCGAAGAACUGCUGAUCUUCUGCCACUACUUUCUAAUGAACCGGAAAAAUUAGAAAUCAAGACUGAAAACAGUGACAGAUUCACCAUGGAUGUUGGAUUGCCUUUGAAAAUGACACAAGAACACACAAAUGUCAAAAGGGGUGAAGAAUUAAAAGAAGAGGGUAGUUCGAGUGCGCCUUUUCUUGAAAAAAUGGAAGAAACUGCUGAAAAUGAUGUCAUUGUUAAAGAUUUGGAAAAUUCAGAGAAAGAUCAAAAAGGAGGUGAAAAUAGAGAAGAGGGUUGUAAAGAAGAUGAUGAUGAGAGCCAUAAAAGCAUGGAAAGUUGCAACAGUGCUAAUUUAUCUUCAAAAAAGAACAAGGGGUGGAGAUUUGAAGAACAGUUGAUUAUCGGAAGUAAACGAAUCAAGAAACAAAGUCAAGAAUAUAGUCCUGUGGUCAAACAAGAUAGUUCUUUCAUGAAUUGGAUUUCAACCAUGGUGAAAAGCGUAAAACCCUAUCAAGAAGAAACUCCUCGUCCAUUUGACGAUGAUCAGAACAAAAGAUUAGGGUUUCAAACUGUUUUUCAAUCGCUUUAUUCACAAGAUCCAAAACGACUCGAAACAAAAACCGAUAUCGACGAUAAAUCUGUUGACGCGUCUAAAGAAAUCAUUUUGUUCGAUAAAACAGCAUCCGAUCAUAACCCGUAUGAUAAUUUGAACCAAAAAGCAUUUGGGAACUUAUGGAUCACUCGUCUUUUUCCAAAAAUACCCUCCAACGUAAAUACUUUAGUAGCCAAAGAUUCAUCCACCAUUGAUGCUUCUGCUCCUUGUGGGAUGAACCAGUUCGAGAAACCUGUGGAAAAGUCAAAAUGUUUCUUUUGUGGGAAAACGGGCCAUGAAUUACGCGAUUGUUUACAGAUAAAUGAGAAUGGAAAUGUGUUCUUUAAGAAGAAGGUAUCAAAUAUUAAUGAAAUUGCUUCAACUUCUGGGAAUAAUAAGUUGUUUAAUGAAGAGAAGAUACACAGAAUACCUAAAGGAAUGUUCGACACCAUAAGAAGCCUUAGAUUGUCUCGAACAGAUAUUCUCAAAUGGAUGAAUUCCCAUUUACCCCUCACAAAUUUAGAUGGAUAUUUCUUACGUUUGCGUCUUGCAAAAUGGGAAGAAGGAGUAGGGGAAGCAGGGUAUUAUGUUGCUUGCAUAACAGAUGAAAAUCCAUCAAAAGGAUCCAAGAAGCCUAUACGGGUUAACAUUGGAGGUGUUGAAUGCCUUGUUGAAAGUCGAUACAUCUCCAACUGUGAUUUUCUUGAGGAUGAACUCAUAGCUUGGUGGCAAAGAACGUUGACAAGUGGACAAGUUCCAAUGGAAGAACGGUUGACCUUCAAGUUGGAGGAGAGAGAAAAGUUAGGGUUUUAAUUGCAAGAAACAAAUUGUAGAAAAUUUUGAAGCAAUGAUUUUCCUUUUAUUUGGCUUGUAAGCUUUCCCUUUUCUAUACGAUAUUGGUAAUUGUAUAAUUAGAGUAUAGUGAGGUUUUAAGCUCUUGAUCAUAUAGGUGCUUUAACAAACGAACGACAAAAGUUUCCAUCUUGUUUUGGGAAAAGUAUAUGUAUAUAUUUAUGUAUGUGUGCAUAUUUGGAAGAGAUAACACAUGAAAUAUUCACAUGCAUGUGUUGGAUGUUAUUCGUUACAAAUCGGACAUUUUAGUUUGUACCCUAUGAUAAAAUAUAUGAAGGUUGUGAGAA